AGGGAGGUCUACAUUACUGGGUGUACGAGGUUAUGGCCCUCACGUCUGCGCCGGCGGCAUUCUCCAAGAGCGACUCGCCGACGCGCAUCAUGACCGUCUUCCGGAGCAAGAGCGACGAUACCUCGGCCUCGCUGCUCAGCGAAAACGAGUAUCGGGAGAAACUGCUGCGGACGGUGAAGAAAGAGGUGAAACAGAUCAUGGAAGAAGCAGUGACACGCAAAUUCGUCCAUGAGGAAAGCAGCAGCAUCACUUCCCUUUGUGCUGCGGUCGACGCAUGCCUCUCGCACGGUCUGAAGCGCCGAGCACUGGGCCUCUUUAAGACCAACUCGACCACAGCACUUCUGCACAAAAUGGCCAAGCACUUUGAGCCAGCUGCUGCCAUCGCCCGUGCAGUCACCCAGAUGGAAGCAGCAGCUGCACUCACCUCAGACUCUUCGACAACGGAGAGCCGCCUACGCAGUCAGACGAGUCGGCGUUCGUUGUGGUCGGCAAGUGGGCGAUACAUCUGGAUCCGGCUGGCACUCUUUGAGAAGCAGCUGGCUAGCAUUGUCGACCACUUGGUCCAUAAUUCCAGCAAGUACUACGAGAAAGAUGCCCUAGUGGCUGACCCUGUCUCCGGGCAAAUUCUGGCUUCUCUACUUGUGGGUCCAUGUGCUCUGGACUACUCCAAGAUGAAGACACAAGAUCACUUCUGGACAGACCCACCAGCCGAUGAGUUGGUGCAGCGCCAUCGGCUGUCCAGUGGGCUUCCUGCUUCGGCCAGUGCUGGGGGCACGACAGGCACACCACCACCCACAAGGCGACUGGGCCUUCAGUGUCGCCGUGACCUCCGUGGCACCACGGGCGGCAGUUCCUCCGAAGAAAGCUCGGUCGGCCGCGUCGUCGGCGCAUCCGUAGGAGGGGGCUGUGACCGGCUGGCUCGAGACUACGUUGAGUCGCUGCACCAAAACGCACGUUCCACAUUGCUGUACGGCAAGAACAACGUGCACGUGCAGCCGCGGUGCCACGCGGGUGAGCCCCUGCCCGGCUACCUGUCCCUGCACCAGCAAGGGGGCACGCAGCUGGUCCUGAAGUGGACCCCCAAUCAGCUCAUGAAUGGCACCACCAGUGCAGACAGCUCGUCUGGCGACUCCCUGGGCAGCAGCCAGGACAAGAGCAUCUACUGGGAGUAUGCCCUCAGUGUCAACAUGGAAGACAUUGUCUACCUCCAUUGCCAUCAGCAAGGUGACUCUGGGGGCACCCUGGUGUUGGUGGGGCAGGACGGAGUGCAGCGCCCGCCCAUGCACUUUCCUCGGGGGGGCCACCUGCUGGCCUUUUUGUCCUGCCUCGAGAACGGCCUGCUUCCUAACGGCCAGCUGGACCCGCCUCUGUGGACACAGCAGAGCGGCACAGGCAAGGUGUUUCCACGGUUACGUCGUCGCAGGGCAGCUCAAGGGGAAGAGGAAGAAGGCAGCACUGACUUCGUCUUUCGAGUUAUCACUUCACUGCGGCCGCACUCCCUGGAGGACCUCCUGGAAGGUGGCCCCGUUGCUGUAGCGACCACAGAAGCGGCUCGUGCCAAUCGCCUGCUAGAGGCUCGCUCUUCAUCCUCCCGCUCGAGUGAGUCACCGCCACCCGAGGAGGAGUCACCUGGACCAAGGGCACAGGGGCAAUCACUGCAGCUUUUGUGUGACACCAUGAAGAAACAGAUCAUCUCAAGGGCUUUCUAUGGAUGGCUGGCACACUGUCGGCACCUGCGGACGGUGCGCACGCACCUGUCGGGGCUGGUGCAUUCGACGAUUGUGUCGGGAGAAGGCGCCGAGACUGGCCUGACGCAGGCGGUAUGGCAGCGCCUGUCGGCUUCGGGACGCCUGGAUGAUCCCCAGCAACUGCACCGGCUCGUCUACUUCGGGGGCAUUGAGCACGAAGUCCGCCAUCUGGUGUGGCCAUACCUGCUGGGCCACUAUGCACUGUCCAGCAUGCCCAAGGAGCGGCAGGAACGAGAUGCCAGCACCCAGGCCCAGUACGAGGCCACCCUGUCCGAGUGGUUGGCUGCCGAGGCCAUGGUGCGCCAUCGGGAAGGACUGCACACCAAGCUCUCCUCUGAAAGCACCACCUCCGAGAUACCCCUCAUUGGUCCUAAAGACACACACUUGAGUAACGAGGUGUUUGAAGAUGGCAGCAGCGAUGGCGGGGGCUCCAUGGAUGCUGCUGCCCAUGAUGAAGCAGUGUGUGAAGGGGAAGAGAUCGCAUGGGAGGUCGACAGCAGCCAUAGUCCAGCCCACGUGGGCAUUGGUCCACUGCAGGCAGGGGCUGAGGAGGAGGAAGAAGAUGGUCAGCCCCCGGUUGAUCCUCUGCAGUUGCUUCAGCCACCAGUCGUCGAUGAUGAGUCCAGCUGUGUGUCACCGGCAUCGUCUAGUGGAGGAGUGUAUUCGAGUGAUCUGCUCGACCUGUUCUCACUCAACUUGCACCGCAUCGACAAGGAUGUGCAACGCUGCGACCGCAACUAUGCCUACUUUACCACAGCCAACCUGGAGAAGCUGCGAAAUGUUAUGUGCACCUAUGUCUGGGAGCACCUGGAUGUGGGCUAUGUGCAAGGAAUGUGUGACCUCGUGGCUCCCUUGCUGGUGAUAUUUGAUGAUGAGAUGCUGACCUACAGCUGCUUCUGUGAGCUCAUGAAGCGAAUGGCAGCCAACUUCCCCCAUGGGGGCGCCAUGGAUCACCAUUUCGCCAACAUGCGGUCGCUCAUUCAGAUUCUGGAUGCAGAAAUGUUUGAGCUGAUGCACCAAAAUGGAGACUACACGCACUUCUACUUCUGCUACCGAUGGUUUCUCCUGGACUUCAAGAGAGAGCUUGUCUACCAGGAUGUGUUCAGUGUCUGGGAGACCAUCUGGGCGGCCCAGCAUGUUGCUUCCAGCAACUUUGUGCUCUUCAUAGCUCUGGCCAUGGUGGAAUACUACCGCGACAUCAUCCUAGAAAACAACAUGGACUUUACUGACAUUAUCAAAUUUUUCAACGAGAUGGCCGAGCGACACGAUGCCAAGGCCGUACUACAGAUCGCUCGCGAGCUUGUGCUGCAAAUCCAGACGUUGAUUGACAACCGAUAGAAGCAUCUCGCCUUUCCCAGCUAACAGCAUCAUCACACUCCUCGACCCUUCCACUGGUGUGACGCUUGAACUGGUCAUGUGCAACGAGUUCUGUAGGACUCUCAGCAGAAUCAUCUUUGAGAAUGUUUUAAAAGUGUUUCGUAUGGGAAGCUCAUGCUGCUUGGCUAAUUACAACAUUGGGCAUGCGAAUUAAGAGAGCACAUGGCACAGUGCAGUAUUCUAACAGCUCUGGCCAAAAUCAGAGAUUUGUUCAAUCUUGUAGACACCAGAGUAGUAAAAAUAUCCAGUUCAAUGAACAAGCA